AAUGACUCCGUGCUGCUCUCCCUGUUUGGGUUCAUAGCGCCCACUAAAAUUAGGCUGUCUGUAAGAUUACUUAACCACUAAAGUGAUCCAAUGGAUUACACCUCAACGCCAAGUGGAUACAGACAGCAGCCUAAGAUGCGUCUGAGGAAUACUUCACCAGAUGGUCCAGAUGACAGCCAGCUGUUUGAGGAUACCAGUGGAGUUGGGCCUAAAGCACAGAUGGGGGGCUACAGAAACCAGCAGCCUGUGCCUCAAGCAGCAGGCUUUCCUGGUCCAUCCCUGCUGGCAGACCCGAUGUCCAACCUGGCCAUGGCCUACGGCAGCUCUCUGGCAUCCCAGGGGAGAGAGAUGGUGGACAAGAAUUUGGACAGGUUCAUCCCGAUCUCUAAACUGAAGUACUACUUUGCUGUCGACACGAUGUAUGUGGGAAAAAAGCUCGGCCUCUUGGUGUUCCCUUACAUGCAUGAGAAUUGGGAGGUUAGCUACCAACAGGAUGUUCCCGUGGCCCCGCGCUUUGACGUGAAUGCUCCUGACCUCUACAUUCCAGCCAUGGGCUUCAUCACCUAUGUGCUCGUCGCCGGGCUGGCCCUGGGUACACAGAACAGGUUCUCUCCUGAACUGCUGGGAGUUCAGGCUAGUUCAGCGUUUGUGUGGUUGAUUAUGGAGGUGUUGGCAGUCCUCCUCUCCCUUUACCUCGUCACUGUGAACACCGACCUCACCACAAUAGACCUGCUGGCUUUCUCGGGCUACAAAUACGUCGGGAUGAUCGUGGGCUUGGUGGCAGGCCUGUUGUUUGGGAGGGCAGGAUAUUACCUCUCUCUGCUGUGGUGCUGUGUUGCCAUCUUCGUCUUUAUGAUUCGCACUCUGCGGCUUAAACUCUUAUCGGAGGCAGCGGCAGAGGGGAGGUUGGUGAGAGGAGCCAGAAACCAGCUGAGGAUGUACCUCACCAUGUCCAUAGCCGCAGCACAGCCCGUCUUCAUGUACUGGCUCACCUACCACCUGGUUAGAUAAGAUUUGGCACACAGAGACACUCUCGCUUACACACACACACACACACAUGACACUACGCUUAGAUGAAAAGUGGCAAGAUCAUGAUUGUGUAAAUAGUAUUUCCUCAUCCCAAACAAGCACAGAUGCACACAUUCAACUUCACAAGACUCGACUGUCGUGACGAAGACACGCUGAUGAUGGAUAAAGAUGUGAGGCGUCGCUGCCUUUUCUUGUACCGCAUAACUUGUCACGUUUUGUAUCGUCUUUUUUUUACUUAACGACUCAGCAAGUUUGUAUCAUCUCCACUUGGCUUUAAUUGUUUUUUUUUUAUAUUGUAUAAUUAUUAUUGUUUAAUGUAUUUUUUAGGCAUAUAUAUUUAUGCAAUUGUUUUACGGAAGUAUUAAGUGAGCUGCAAGGGUCCGUGACAUCUCGUGGGAUUUUUUUUGGGUCUAUACGAGGAAUCCACGUCGUCGAUAAACUGAGCCGUUCAAUCCGCACCAUGAAAGAGCCUUUGCCCUGAGGCUGACUAAUUUAGGGUGUUUAUUUCACAGAAGCGAACAACCCACCAUACAGGGGAUCAACUCUAGGGUCUCCAGACUAGUUCAGCUAUUUUAACCCCUUUUUCGCAUUCCUGGAGCGUCGUUUUCCUAUAUGGCAUUGAUAAUUGGGGAAGAAAAGGAUCGUGCCAGGAACGUAUGUUGUUCCUAGCGCGGUCUCGUUGUUGGGGAGCUUCCGUGUUAUGUCAGAGAAACCAGAUGUCCACAUCGAUAUCCUUCUGAGGUUGUUUGACGGGAUUAUUUAACGUGUAGAGCUUCAUUUAUUAGGCAUGACGGUUAUGAUGCUGGUAUGGAAAUAGUAUGUUUGCCGUACAUCCUGGAUUUUACUGGUGAAAAUGGCACGUGUAUAAUGUUAUGUUAAAUGUGUUAGCUUUGCUGCCUCAAUGUUUAGUACGACAACCAACUGUGUAAGCCAUGAUGGCAUGCUAAAGGGUAGUUCAUGAGGAGGCAUCAUUGUUCUUUUUUUCUUUUCUUUUUUUUUCUUCUUGUCCAAUUACCCCACUCUGAGCCAUCCCGGUCGCUGCUCCACCCCCUCCGCCGAUCCGGGGAGGGCUGCAGACUACCACAUGCCUCCUCCGAUACAUGUGGAGUCACCAGCCGCUUCUUUUCACCUGACAGUGAGGAGUUUCGCCAGGGGGACGUAGCAUGUGGGUGGACCCCCCCCCCAAGUUACCCCGAACAGAUGUCCCGAUCGACCAGAGGAGGCGCUAGUGCAGCGACCAGGACACAUACCCACAUCCGGCUUCCCACCCGCAGACACGGCAAGUUGUGUCUGUAGGGACGCCUGACUAAGCCGGAGGUAACACAGGGAUUUGAACUGGCGGGAUAGACCACUACACUACCUGGACACCCCAGCAUCUUAUUCUGAAGAUCUUAAGACACGUUUUUUUUCUUUCCUGCUUUUCAUAUUGAUAGUUAGAAUAAAGGGGAUAGAUAUGAUGGUCUUUGGUUUGCAUGGGGUUUUUUUUAUCCUUGAGAAUACUUGAAGUACUGAAAUCAUUGAAAUUGUGUUUCGCCUCAUCCUGCAUCGGUUAUGUCCUCAUUAAACAUUUAGUCACUAUGACCAUAUCAGAAAUGGAGGUUGGGGGGGGUGGUUCUGCUUCUCAAAUAUAAAAUAAACUGCUCAUUUAUGUCACCGAUUGUCUUUUGGCAAUAAUAAACUUAUA